GCCUACUUAGAAACUCUCUCGAAUCUCCAUCAUGAAGGUCCUCUUGUUCGUUUUAUUUUCUUUCUUUGCCCCCUCUCUCUCAAGUCCCCUUACAUGGAGGCUGGUAUCUGACUCUGGACCCAAAGGCUUUGGGACCGCAAUGGUGUACGACAACUCGAGCAACUCCCUCAUCCUCUUUGGAAGCUUGACCGGCCCAAAUGCCACCUCAUCGGGUCCAGAAACCUGGCGCUAUGACCUCAGCGAUGGAACAUGGAGCAUCAUACAUGAUGGAAGCGGCACAGUACCAGCCAACCGACGUUUUGCUUACUUUGGUCUAGUCAGAGUGAACGGGGUGAGCUUGUUUGUACUCAGCCACGGGCACCUGGGAGUGCUGGAGUAUGAUGACACGUGGGUCUUCUCCCUUGAUGAUUAUACCUGGAGGACUCCAUCUGUGACUGGAAAUCCUCCAGGUACACGCUACGGCGGGCACUUUGGAGCUUGGGAUAACGUUUUCUGGAUGGGAUCGGGUUUCACAAAGAUCACCUCCAUCCCAUCACGUUACAUUGACACGUUCAGACUGACGUUCACUGAUACUAAUACGGCAAGCUGGGAGACAGUCCACGAUCAGCCUACUUCCGGUAAUCAGUUUAAUCCUCUUGUGCCUCACGGGAGGUGCCUCCAGGGAUCUUCGGUCGUUGAUGAAAACACUCUCGUCAUGUUUGGCGGUUGCAUGAGGGGUGGAAAUGGUGGUGGUCCCUGUCCAGCUGAAGACGGGUGGGUAUUUGACAAUAGGGAUAAAAAAUGGACAGAGCUACCACGGUGUGCUACACCCCGUAUAUGGAGUGCUAUGGCCCCAUUGAGCAAUGAAACUGGAAAGGCAGUCCUGUAUGGAGGAUCUGAUACCUGGACUGAUCAAGUUAUUUCUGACACUCCUUGGCCUGAAAAUGAAGUCCUUGUUGUUGAUACUGAUAACAAAGAUUGGACUAGAUAUCUUGUGAGGGCUGAGUCCAAUGUGUAUCCUCAAAGACGUUAUAGGCAUGCAAUGGCUGCUGGAAAUAAUGGAAGAGUUUACAUGUUUGGAGGGAGUCUUAUGUCAAAUGAUUCUCAGCUAAAUGAUUUAUGGCUAUUGGAAGGAGACGUAUCACUGACAAUGACAACAGGCUGUGACAGGGUUUGGUUUGCUUACACUCAUCUUCACGGUCUCUUUAUGAUCAUUGCUUUUGGGAUCUUGUUUCCAACUGGUGCAUUCAUAGCUAGGUACUAUCGCUGCAAGGGAAAGAAGAUCUGGUUCAUAGCUCAUGUUACAGUCCAGAUAACUGCAGUGGUAUUCACCAUUCCUGCCUUUGUCAUGAUAUUUCCAACUGGUGCCAGUCUUGAGCCAACUCAUCCUCAUGCCAUCAUUGGGAUCAUACUAAUGACAAUCAUGAUUGUCCAGCCAAUUAAUGGAAUACUUCGUCCACAUAUUAAAGAAGGUAUUGAGAAGAGCAAGUAUCGUAUAUGUUGGGAGUGGUUUCACAGGAUUUGGGGUGCAUCCACAAUUAUCCUCGGACUCAUUCAAGUUACGCUUGGCGUCUUCCUCAUAGUCCCUCCGAUGGGCGUGUGGAUUGUUUGGAUACUCAUGCUGUGUGGUUGGGUGGCUGCUUUUAUUGUCCACGAGGUCAUCAAGGUAGUGUGUAUGUGCAAGGACAAAAAUGAUGCCGACGAGGAGUUUGAAAUGAAGUCCAAGCAUCCUUAAUUGACACUAGUUCUCUCUUCCAGUGGCUCUUUACACUCUAUGGUUAUUAUUUUGACUCAUUGUUAUAGUGUUCCUCCACUCACUGAUCAAUGUUAUCCCUUUCUCUCUAGGCAGCUUUAUUUCACCAGGAUUUCAUUAUCAAUUUUUAAAGAUUUUAAAUUUUAUCUCAGUUUUAUCUCAGUUUUCCUUCAUUUUAAA